UAGUUGUUUUCUCACGUGUCCCUGCAUCGCGAGUGAUUUUGCACAGCUGGAAUAUCGGCAGGGAGAUUCUGUGUGUGUGUGUUCGACGGAUCCUUCUCGCGGAUUCAAUUGAGUUGAGUUCACAAUUUUUGGUUGAUUCUGUGUUCUUUACUCACCAUUUUUUCAGUAACCAUUAAAAACUGAAUGGGGAGCUAAUGCUCGAUCUCUACAGUGAUUUGUAGCAUCGUGAGCUUCACCACGCAUCCGGAUUGGUGUGUGUGUCGGCGAAGGGGAGGGCCGAGUGGUAGUCAGGGGGAUUGAUUUUCUCUGCAUUUGGCGAUGGCUGAUGAACCCUUGCCCACUCGGUGGUCUUUCCAGUGCAUGGUUCAGGAGUUUAAGUUGUAUUACGAUUCGAAGUUCGGGCGAAAGAAGUUGGAGGAGGAAAAGGAUGAGGCUUCAAAUGGUCAAACUGUGAUGAAUGGAAAUUAUUCUAGUGCCAUGGGCAAUGGAAAUGGAUAUGCAAACACAUCUGAUUUGGCUGUAUAUGAACAGUAUCGGCUCCAGGAUAACGGGAGCUCGGUACAUUCUAAUGGAAUCUCAAGUGUGGGAGUGCAUCAAAAGCCGCAGAAGUCUUUACUUCCACCUUUUGAGUCUGCUGAAGUCCGUGCUUUGGCUGAGAGUUUAAGUAGAGAUAUCAUCCGUGGAAGCCCAGAUGUUACAUGGGAAAGCAUAAAAGGGCUAGAGAGUGCCAAAAGGCUACUCAAAGAGGCUGUUGUUAUGCCAAUAAAAUAUCCAAAGUACUUUACUGGUCUUCUAACACCAUGGAAAGGUAUUCUGCUUUUUGGGCCCCCUGGAACUGGAAAGACAUUGCUGGCCAAAGCAGUUGCAACUGAGUGCAAGACUACUUUCUUCAACAUUUCUGCAUCAUCGAUUGUGAGCAAAUGGAGAGGUGAUUCGGAAAAAUUGGUGAAAGUGCUAUUUGAGCUUGCUAGACAUCAUGCACCAUCAACUAUAUUUCUGGAUGAAAUUGAUGCCAUUAUCAGUCAACGUGGUGAAGGGCGCAGUGAACAUGAAGCUAGCAGACGCCUGAAAACUGAGUUGCUUGUACAGAUGGAUGGUUUGACUCGGACAGAUGAACUUGUUUUUGUUCUGGCAGCAACUAAUCUCCCUUGGGAACUAGAUGCAGCCAUGCUUAGGCGUCUUGAAAAGCGGAUUCUUGUACCCCUCCCUGAUCCACCAGCAAGAAGAGCAAUGUUUGAGGAACUUCUGCCCUCAAUACCUGACCAAGAACUUUCUUAUGAUUUAUUCGUGGAGAGGACGGAAGGCUAUUCAGGCUCCGAUAUUCGUCUUUUAUGCAAAGAGGCUGCGAUGCAACCCCUGCGACGGUUAAUGACAAUUCUUGAGGAGAAACAAGAGCUCGUACCUGAGGAAGAGCUGCCAAAGGUUGGGCCAAUUACAGUCGGCGACAUUGAGACAGCGCUGAGGAACACUAGACCUUCUGCUCAUCUCCAUGCACAUCGUUACCAUCAAUUUAACGAGGACUAUGGCAGCCAAAUACUCCAGUGAAGGCUUGCGCAUGUUUCUGUCUUGAGCUGUUGAAAAUUAUCUCGAGGUACCUAUGCCUAAGAUUUUACGUUCUUAUCAUUAUCGUAUUCAUUGAGCCCAGUCGAUAAAUGGCAUAAAGCUCUACCUAGCUAGCUGUUUGGAUUUGAUCUGUUGUUAUUUGUGUUGUUGUCGACAGUUUGUGCCGUUUUAUUUAUAUCGACACCGGCCUUAGUCAAUUAUAUGGGAAGUAUUAGGCCAUUGUGUUCGGGAAUGACUUUGAGUCAAUAUAUAUUUCAGUCUUAUUGUUCCUAUUCAGUGCUAGUAAUAGAUACAUUUUGUUGUUUAA